AUGUCAAAAAAAAAUCAACAAAUUUCUCCAGUUUUGGAUAAUAUUGUCACAUCAUUGUUGCAAUCAUUAAGCGACAGUGAUGAAAGUGUUAGAAGUACUGUUGUAAAUAGUUUAUACGAAAUUGGUUUUAGACAACCAAAUUUUGUUUUACAAGUUGCAUGUGAUUAUAUAAAUAAGAACCAAAAGAUAGAUCAAACUCAUAGGGUUAAAAUUUUAAAUAGUAUUUUACAAAUUUUAGAACAAACUAGAAAUCAAUUAACAGAUGCAUUAUCACUAAAUUUAAUUGCAAUGUCAAUUUCAGAGAUGACAAGAGAUAAAGAAGUUGUACCAGAUUGGCAACAAGUUGCAUCAUCAUUAUUGGUUUCAUUAGGUUUACGUUAUCCAUCACAAAUUAUGGAUGAAUUAUUAAAACGUUUUGAACCAGGUACAUUACCACAUUAUUUCGUUAUGAAAACUUUAGGUGAUUUUAUUAGUUCAAAUCCAAUACCAACUGUACCAAAAAUUAGAGAAAUUUUAUCACGUAUUUUACCAGUUUUAGGUACAAUUAAACAUGAUAAUUUUAAAUGGGUAUUUGCAGCAGCAUUAGGUCAUUUUGCAGAUGCAAUUGUGCAAUAUGUUGCAAAUAUUGAUACAGCACCAGAUAAAUCAUUAACAUUGUAUAGUUUUAGUUCUGAAUUUUAUCCAGCACUUGAAUUAAUGUUUUCAAAAUGGUUAGGUACAAAUCAUGAAAAAGUUAGAUUAGUAACCAUUGAAGCAGUUGGUUCAAUUUGUUCAAUUCUUUCAGUUGAACAAUUAGAAUCUCAAAUUCAAAAAUUAGUAGUUGGUGUUUUAUCAAUGUUAAAAAAAGAAAAAGAUUUAUUACCAGUUACCCAUUCAUUAUGUUGUAUUUUAGAAGUUUGUGUUAAAAAUGAUUUAAAAUUACAAGUUAAUGAAUUAUUAAUACCAAUUAUGACAACAUUACAUCCAUUAGUAUGCAUUGUACCAGAUUAUAGUAAUCCAGCAUCAACUAAAACUUAUAAUGAGGUUUUACGUUGUUUUGAAGUUAUUGGUAGAGGAUAUUCAGAUGUUUUGAUAUCAUUUUUAAAUCAACGUUUAGAGAAUAGAGAUCUUAGAUCAAGAGCAGGAUCAUUAUCAAUUAUUCGUCAUAUUGUAACACGUUUAGAUGUAGAGUUGGCCGAUAAGAAACCAUUGAUUCUCUCUGCAAUUAAACCAUUGAUUCAAACUGAACCAUCAUUAUUCAUAAAGAAAUAUUUGGCACAAAUUAUCAUUGCAAUGGCACCUUAUGGUUAUCUUGAAAUGGAGGGUGGUUUAACAUUAUUGGAAUUCAUUGUAAAGGGUAGUAGUUGGUAUCAAGAUAGUGAGAUUGGUAAAGCACAACCAACACAACCACCAAAGAAAAUUGAAAAUCCAGAUUUACAUGUAACCGAUAGUGAAUUACGUUUAAUUUGUGAUAAUAUUUUAAAUUUAAUCACCACAACAAUGCCACAAUUGGAAUCGAUUCUUUGGCCAUACCUAUUCGAAUUCAUCCUACCUGAACAAUACACAGCAGCAAUACCAGUGGUAACUAAAUCACUCACCUAUAUUGCACUCUCAAAGAAAUCGGUUGAUUCCGAUGAUUAUUAUAUCGAUUUCGAUAAGGAAAUUAAUUUACCAAAACCAACUCAAAUCAUCGCUCGUUAUUUCGUACUUUUGACAGCACCAUUACGUCGUAAUCAAUUGGGAAUUAGAAUAUUAGAAAAUAUGAAAGCAAUUGGACCAAUCCUUCAUCCAUCCAUUUGUGAUAUGUGGGAUGUUACAUUACCAAAGUUAAUCUCUUAUCUCGAAGAUCAUACCGAUAUUGAAACUUGGAAUAAAAAUCAAUGGGAAGAAUUAGUACUUCGUUUACUCUCUGAAACUAUUAAAAAUGCAGCCGAUGAUGAAUGGACAGUUGCAUUGGGUAAUUCAAUGUCUGAACAAAUCGAUCACUAUAAAAAAGAUCCAAUAUUAAAGAGAUCACUCUAUAAACAAAUGGGUUUAAUUAUGCAAAAAUGUUCACAUAAAGAAUUUGUAAAGAGUAAAAUUGAAGUUAUGUUCACAUCGGUGGAUUAUACAAAUUCUCUAGAGAAUGAAGGUUGUGCAAUUGGUUUGGGUUAUUGUGGCGCAUCACAUUUUGAUAUCGUUUUAGAGAAAAUCAAUUUCUAUAUUAAAAAUUCAAUGGUAAAGAAAUCUGGUUUCUUUGGUAAGAAAGGUCCAAAAGGUAUUAAAAAUUGUAUACUUCUUUCAUUGGGUUAUUCAGCAACCUAUGCUCAAUCAGCAUUGUUUUCGUCACGUGUUGAGGUUCAUGUAAUUCAACCAAUCAAACCAUCGAUUUUACAAUUGAAAAAAGUACCAAAGAAAUUAUCAUCAAUUAAAAUGAUUGAUUUAAUUGGUAAAGCUUUACAUCCAAAUAAAGCUUCAACUUUUAUAUUCAAACAACGUGAUGAAUUAAUGAAACUUUUAAUUAGUUAUAUGAGUACUCCACCACCAUCAACAAAUAAUCAAGUUAAAAUCGAUGGUACAAAUGCUUGUUCAACAUUAGUUAAUUUAGAACCAAUGAUUUCAUUGGAAUUAGAGGUUCAAAUCAUUAAUUUAUCAUUAUCAUUCUUUAAUCAACAAGUUUCACCAGCAAAUGCUACAAAUACAGAUUCUGAUGAGUAUAAAGAAGUUAAUUCAUUAAUUACAUCUGUUAAUAAUUUAUUAUCAACUAUACUUUAUAAUCAAACAACCAUCGCUUGUUUAAAUAGAUUAAUUGGUUAUUUAGAUCCAUUAUCACGUUCAAAGGAUGCUCAUAUUCGUGAACGUUCAUUAUUUUGUAUACUUUAUUUGGUAAAGAAGUUUAUUGAAUAUUCAACCGAUUCAGAUUCAAUGCCAACUGAUAAACUAUUCGAUUCAAUUGGUACAACCUUAUCAGUAUUGAUUCCACGUUGUACUGAUCCAGAGAUUAAUGUUCGUCGUUAUGCUGUUGAAUCUAUUCAAUUGAUUCUUUAUAUUGGUUUCAUGUUAAAGAAUGCAACACCUGAUAAUCGUAGGGUUAAACCAAGUGAAGUACUUCAUCCAUUAACAUCAAUUCGUGAUAGUAUUACCACGACCGAAGUGAAUGAACAAUUCUCAUUGGUAUUUGAAAUCUCUGUUAUCAUUUCAAAAAUGAUAUCACUUGAAGAGAUUCCAAAAUUCUUGGAAGGUUCAAUUAAAGGUUUACAAGAUUUACAAGCAUUCUCAACCAAUGGUUCUUGUAUCAUAAUCAAUGGCCUUAUUAAAACUCGUGGUGAAGAGUUAAUUGAAUAUGUACCAAUAUUGGUCAAAGGUUUAUUAACUGCAAUGGAGGGUAUCACUAGUGAAACCACAAUGAAUGGUACAUUGGUUUCAUUGAGAAGUUUAGCAAAUCAUCAUUUAAUUCCAGUGUUAUCAGUGUUAUUAGAAUACCCAAUGCCACAUAGUGUUCAUGUUAUUAAAUCAUUCCAAAUCAUUGCUAAAGAUAAAAAUUUAAUUAGUCCAACUUUAAUUCAUUUAAUGGAUUUAUUAAAUAAUAAACCAGUCUAUGAAGAGAAACCAGAUCCAAAGAAUAAGAAUAGAAUUAUCCCACAACCAUUUGCAAUUGCAUUGGCAGCAACUUGUUCAUUGGGUGAAAUUUUCCAAUUGACAGAGGUUGAAGAAGUUGUAAAAUAUUUUUAUCAUCAAUUGAUUUCAACAUUGGUAUUACGUGCUGGUACUUGUAAUAAUUCAUUACCAUGUCUAAUUGAAGUUGCAUCAACUAAUCCAAAAGCAAAAGCAUCAGCCAUUUCAUUGAUACCAUCACAACAAAUGUUGGUAACAUUCCGUCAAUUCUUUAAAUGUACAAAAGAGGAAGAAACUCUAUUGGCAGAGAUUGAAUCAAAAGGUAGUUUCAGUCAAUUGGAAACACCAUUCUAUCAUCAAGGUAUCAUUGAAAUUCUAUCGGUGGUUUCAUCACAUCAUCCAGAUUUAAUUCAAGGUAUUUUCCAAUAUCUAUUACCAUAUCAACGUUCAAAUCAUUUAGAACAUCGUAUUGUUACAAUCUCUGUAACCACUGAGCUAAUUAAUCAUUGUAAAGAUAAAGAACUCAUUCAAAGAUUAAUUAAUACACUUUUGAAUUCAUUGGUUGAUCCAUUGGUUAAAUUAAUUUCAUUAAAAGGUCUUUCAAAUAUUGUUAGUGCUGGUGUCGAACAAACCAAUCGUUAUGCACCAACAGUUAUUGAUGCUUUGUCGACUUCAAUCGAUGAUCAAGAUGAAACUAUGGCAAUGGAAUGUAUGUUGGGUCUUUCAAAAAUAUUUGAAGUUGCUGAUGAAGGUCGUGUUGCACCAAUCCUUGUCAAUAUUUGUAAUCGUAUUAGACCAGCCUUUGAGAAACCAAAUGAUUCAAUUCGUGCCGCCUCAUUCCAACUCUUUGGUUCACUUUGGAGAUUUGGUUCUGGUUCUGCUUGUGACCCAUUCUAUGAACAAAUUCAUAGUUCUUUACCAUCACUCAUUAUGCAUUUAAAUGAUGAUGUUCAAUCGGUUAAAAACUCUUGUAAGAAAACUUUAUUCCAAUUAUCAACUUUAAUGAGAUCACAAGAUGCUAUGGACUAUUUCAAUAAUAAAUCAAAAGGUUUUGUUGGUGAUAAUGAUCAACCAAACUAUGAAGAAUUCUUAUUGGACUUUUCAAAAUUACUAAUCAUCAAUUAUCCAGAACGUGUAAAUUACUUUGUAAUGACUGUAAUUGAAUUCUUUAAAUCAACUUGGGUAAACCUUAGAGGUAAUGCCGCUACUUUUAUUGGUUUCAUUCUUGGUAAUUUAACUGAAGAUAAAAGAACUCAAACAAAUAUUAAUUCUACAAUUCUUACAAAAUCUUUAGUUGGUCUUUUGGCUGAAAAAUCACCUGCUGUUAGAAAGAAAGCUGCUGAAUCUUUAGGUUUAUUACAUCAUUAUUAA